AUGGAGUCCUUGAGAAUUUUGUGGAUACUACUGUAUAAAUGCUGGCUAGUGCGCAAAAGACAUUGGCUGGGCACUCUGCUCGUCGAGAUUCUGAUACCGAUAGGCUUGAUCCUUUGCCCUUGGGGGCUGCUAGGCAACGCCUUCGAAGCGCCCGUGGUCGUCAACUCGGACACGCACUACCAAAAGUACUCGCUUCGUCAGCUUCUUCAAGUUUUUGGCGAUAGUAUAAAAUUAGCUUACACACCGAACAACACGUUCGUCAACCAGUUGAUGAUGGAAGUGAAUCGCUGCUCGGAAGACAGGUUUGGAAUCAAAGGAUACCAAUCGGAAGCCGACGCGGUCAACGACACUGUUAAAGCACUGGGCUUUAAUGGCGUAGUCGUGAUAUUCGACGAGUCGACCGACUUUUCAACCAAACAAUUGCGUUACACGUACAGAAGUUUUAGACUCCUGAGCGGCGAUUUGUACAAUAAAUACGAGAACAUGACUUAUUUCAAUUAUAUUUCAAAUCGACCGCUUGCCCAAUUGCAAAUUUGUCUAGACAAGUCGUUCGUCAAAGCCAAAAGCGACAAAACAAUCUCUGAAAUGUACGUACAGCGAAUGCCAUAUCCAGCACACGUUCUGCCCAAUCCCAUCGAAGACAGCUUCAGAUUGAUGUACGUAAUUUUCUUGGUUGUCGCUCUGAUGUUUCCACUUUUCGUCGAGACUGCCAGAGCCACGAACGAAAAGUUCGUCGGCAUGAACGUUCUGAUGUCGAUGAACGGCAUUUCCAAUAGCUCGAAUCUGCUCAGCUGGAUAGUCAGCGGACUCGUAUUGCUGACUGUGUUCUGCGUCAUACCGACCGUAGCGCUGCUGAUCUCGUCGUCCGGAGAAGGCAUGCCUUUCGUGAAGUACGGUAAUCCGCUCAUUCUGUUUCUGACUCUCUUUCUGUACGUGGUCGACAUGCUGGCCUUCGGAAUGCACUUGUCGGCAUAUUUUACCAAAGCUAUACUCGUGACCUUUGUCAUCAUGGCGCUCAGCAUAGUACCGAUCGUUCUGGCGAUAUUCGUAUUCAAAGAAAAUAAUCUUUACCUCGCGCCUUACGCUGGCAUCGUCUUUCCUAAUAUUCUGCUGUACCAGGCGGUGCAAGAAAUCCGCGAUUACGAAGGCACAGCGAGGGGCGUCCAGUGGAGCAACCUGUUCGCGAGCGCGAAUCCAGCGACCGGGUGCGCCGGCUACAUGGGGAUCAUCUUGCUGUUCUUCGCGAUAGGAGCAGCUCUCCACUUCGGCCUCGCGAUCUACGUGUACGCGAUCAAGCCUGGAAAAUUCGGCGUGGGAAGGCAUCCCUUCUUCUUCUUCUUCGAGACGUAUCAGCGCAAGGGCCAGGCUGACCAGCGCGCGGAGGACUUGGCGUACGGCUACUUGGAUGGGACUUUCGAGCGCACGCGCGAGACCGCCUACAGCCCGGGAAUCCAGAUUCGAAAUUUAAAGAAGGCUUACAACAUCGGCCUCUUCGGCCAACAAAAAGUCGACGCGCUGCGAGGCGUCUCGGUCGACUUUUACAAAGGGCAAAUCACCUCGCUGCUGGGACACAACGGAGCGGGAAAGACCACGAUGAUGUCCAUCAUGACCGGUAUGAUAGGCCCUACCGAUGGAUUAGUACUCGUCAACGGGAAAAAUUUGAAGGACAAUGCUUCUGAAAUAAUGAACGAUAUGGGACUCUGUCCGCAAGUAGAUAUGUACUUCGCAAGUCUCACAGUCGCGGAACAAAUGACAUUUUUCGCAAUGGUGAAAAGAAAGGACAAAACGAGGUCUGAGAUUUGGCACGAUGUCCAAAAUCUUUUGCUGAGGCUUCGAUUGUUCGAUAAGAAAAAUGCUUUGCCGAGUACUUUAUCCGGAGGUCAGAAGCGUAGAUUGUGUCUUGGCAUGGCACUUAUAGGUGAUUCAAGCACUUUGAUAUUGGACGAGCCGACGUCGGGAUUGGAUCCCGAAAGCAAACGAGUCAUUUGGGACAUUUUACUUAAAAUGAAAGGCGAAAAAACCAUAGUGAUCAGCACGCACGAUAUGGAAGAGGCUGACAUUCUUGGAGACAAAAUUGCGAUAAUGCAUGCAGGCCAACUAAGGAGUUAUGGAAGUUCGCUGUUCUUGAAAAAAAUGAUAGGUCAAAACAACGUCGAGGUUACUUUGUCGAUCGAGCCAGAAAGCGAUCCAAAGAGAAUCUGUUGGGAGCUACAUCCAGAAGGGAUUAUCACCAGUCAAGAAGCUAGUAAGAUGGUUGUCAGUAUUCCUAACUCGCCGUCAUUGCCAGACAGCUUGGACAAUUUGGAAGAGAAAAAAAAGAGCCUUGGCGUAUCGGGAUUCAGUGUUUCGCUCAUUAGUCUGGAACAAGUCUUCAUCAAGAUGACGCAGGAGCACGAUGGCCCAACAAAGCCACGUCAAGUUAUCGCCAGCAAUGAAAUAAAGUUGACAGGUAUUGCAAUGCACGUGCAAUCCAUAAGAGCACUUUUUGCCAAAAAGCUCACGUACGCUCUGAAAGAUUACUCAACAAUUAUGAUAAAAAUAUUCACGGUAAUAGUAGCGAUAUUAAUUAUCUCCGUUGUUCUGAAAGCGAGCACAUUAUUAAGAGACACCUGGGAAGAGGAGAUUCGUAUGACUCUUGGCAAAUAUCACAAUCCAAUAGUGCUUUACACGACUUACGACAAGACCAUUGGUGAUCACUUUGAAAACAUCGGUAAAAACGAUGGUGGAGACGUCAUCAAAAUCAGCGAGACGAGCCUUGACAAUGAACUUCUAAAUCGUGCCAAAAAAGAUAUCAACAGUUACGAUAACUACAUACUCGCUGGAGCUGAAUUCAUCAACACUACAAACGGUUCGAUUGCCAAUGCCUUCUACUCGGAAAAAGCCACACUCAGUUUGCUAAUAUCUAUCAAUUUGGUUUGGAAUACCAUCAUCAGGAGUAUGCUAGGCUCCGAGUAUUCCAUUACCGUCUCUGCCCAAAAUUUACCGAUAGAGAAUGGCUUUAGUGCUAUCUAUACGUAUGUCUAUGGUUUCGGUACGGCCAUAAUACUCGCGUUAUUCCUUUACUAUGUAGUUGCCAUGUUCAUCAUUCAUCCGACCCGCGAGGCGUAUACAGGCAUCAAGCAGUUGCAGAAGAUGACGGGCAUUUCCGGUUUGGCUUACUGGGGAACUAUGUUCUUGUUUGAUAUGAUAGUCUUUGUAUUUCUAGCUGUUAUUACAAUUAUUGGCUUUAUACUCGUGGAUAGUUCUCUCGGUCUCAAACUUUAUGGCAGCCAUGAAAUUGGGAUUAUGCUACUGCUGUUCGUUUUAUUUGCCAUUAAUGCAUUGCCAUUAAUUUACAUCUUCAGUUUCGUCAAAACGAAAGCUUAUACGAUCGUCAGACUGUUGUCUUAUCUACCGCUAGGCAUUGUGGCGUUCGACUUGAUGAUGUUCCUGGUGGCCUACUUGUUCGAAUAUGAUAAUACAACACAAAUAUUACGUUUGUUUCAAAAGAGAAUAUUUCUCUUGUUACCGCACGAGAGUUUCUUGCACACUCAGAUUAUACUUCAGAUGGUGGCACAGAUCAACGCGAGGUGCAAAUUAUUGCCCAACCAAUUCUACGAUACGCGUCCAGUGUACGACGUAUGUUGGAAUAUGAGAUGUUACAACGGAACCUGUAAACACUACAAAAACUUCUUCGAUCAUUCCGAAUUGAGUAUUUCCUCGAUAGAUAGUAUCGUUUACCUCUGCGUGAUGCCAAUUAUCUUCUUUGGUAUUCUUGCUUUAUUGGAAAAUGGAUUGAUUCAGGCGAUUAAGGCCAAAUUCACGAGGCAUUUUACGAUGGAAUUCAGCGCAGAUGAACAAGUGCAGCGUGAAAAGCUGAUGAUCGCGCAGAAGAUUAUAGAUUUACAAGGAAGCAGAAACUCCAAUAGUGAAGAUUCGUCGAACAGCGAUCGAGUCUUUAUGGUGUACGAAUUACGAAAGAGUUACGGAAACUUGAGGGCAGUGAAGGAUGUUAGUUUUAGCGUCAACCGUCGCGAAUGCUUCGGACUGCUCGGUGUCAACGGAGCAGGGAAAAGCACGACUUUUAGGAUGCUGACUGGUGAAAAAGUACCUGAUCACGGGGAGAUGUAUAUGAGAGAUAAAAGCUUCGUAAAUAACAAAAAAUACUUUUUAUCGCAAAUGGGUUAUUGUCCUCAACACGACGCCAUCCUGAAAUGUUUGAAUUCGUAUGACCACUUGCGACUGUUCGCGCGACUACGCGGUAUUCCCGAGGACCGAGUCGAGAACGAAGUUGACGCGUGGAUCGAAAAACUGAAUCUGACUGCUUGCGCUUCGCAACCGAGUGCUACGUACAGCGGUGGUAAUAAGCGACGACUGAACAUAGCCAUCGCCUUGAUCGGUAGCCCCGAUCUGAUUCUUAUGGAUGAGCCGACGACGGGCAUCGAUCCAGGAGCGAGACGAUCGCUCUGGAACGUCAUCAAGUCUUGUCAGACGGCUGGACAAGCCGUCGUACUGACUUCGCCCAGCAUGGAGGAGUGCGAGGUGUUGUGUAAUAGGUUAGCCAUCAUGGUAGACGGUAAAUUAGUGUGUAUCGGUCCAUCUGAACAAUUGAAGCAGCGAUUUGGAGCCGGUUACGACAUACAAAUCAAGCUAAACUUAGAGAAAGCGAAGACGCAACUGGACAGUAUUAAAAGUGGAAUACCUCGCGUGCUAAAUUGCGUACUCACUGAUGAAAACUUGGGUAAUCUCACGUAUCACGUUGCGCCUACCGGCACAACUUGGAGAUUAAUGUACAAUGCGAUGAACGAAAUGAAAAGGAAGUACGACUGCCUCGAUGACUUUUUAGUGCUUUCGUCGUCAUUGGAACAAUUGUUUUUACUGUUCGCGAGAACAAAACAGCCAACAGCAAUUUGACAGUAUCUAAAUGACUGUAGCGCAGAGUAUUAAAAUUUCGUGAUUUUUAAUAGUUUUUGCGUGUAGGUAAUUCUAUUUAUUUAAUUACCAGAAUUAAAUUACCUAUAAGUUUUCUUAUUUUUUACCGGUAUUUUUAAAAAUCAUUAAUAGUUUUCUUUUGAAUUGAUUGAUCAAUCUCAUCAGUGAACAUUUUUUUCCGAUCUUCUCUAUUGUUUUAUAACUUUAACUUCAGGAGGUAGCAAAUAAUCAA